AGAAGAGUCUGUGGACGCAGAUGGCGACCCCCGUGCUCCACGUGAUGGUCGUGUUUGGCUCAGAGUUGAAGAUGUUUUUCUGAUUUUAGGCGCUUUUCUUUAAAACUGCAGACACUGAACCGGUGAUCAACAGCUACGCGAAGGCGCUGCGCAUGCGCAGAUGUUUGUGUAGUAUGUAAGAGCAGAGUCAGCACUGAAGAGCAGACAUGAAGCCCAAAGCGCGCCUCAGAGCGAAACAGCAGAAAGACAAACUGCACAAGUUCAUGAUUUCAGUCAACAACUAUGUGAAGAGCCAGGCAGGAAGCGAGGACACGGAGCGCUUCGAGCGGAUGGGGGGAUUCGUGAAGAAGAAAAGUCGUAAAGAGCUGCGCAGAGAGAAGAGGAAGGCGAAGAAAGCCAAGCUGAGGAACCGGGGAAACGCAGGGGACUCGGAGAGGUCCGAGGAGCCCGAGCUCUCCAAGAAGAAGACCCAGAGGUCCGAGGAGCCCGAGCUCUCCAAGAAGAAGACCCAGAGGUCCGAGGAGCCCGAGCUCUCCAAGAAGAAGACGCAGAGGUCCGAGGAGCCCGAGCUCUCCAAGAAGAAGAAGAAAAGUGCUCUGAAAGAAAGAGGAAGUGAACAAAGCAGAGCUCCAGAAAGCAGAUCUGAGAGAGCUGCUGAGGAAAAGCCUAAGAGGAAGGUUCAUUUUGAUGACACGGUGCAGCAGCAGAGCAAGAAGGCCAAGCUGGACAUGGCCAGGAGGAGAGCACUGCUGGAGGCCAACGAGGCUGAAGACAAAGAGAUCAAGAAGCUGGAGAAGCGGCUCGGACUCAACAAGAGGAAGAACAAGCGGAGUCUUCCUCAGUCCUUCAUAAAUGACGGGCUGGAUUACAUCCUGGGGAUCCUGGAGCCUGGAGUGUCUGAGGCGCUGCUGGGGGAUGAAGAGGAGAAGAGCGAGCUGGAGAGACUGGAGGAGCUUAGUGACAGUGAGGAGGAGGAGGAGGAUGGCUCAGAUGAAGAGCGUGCUGGUGCUGAAAGAGAUGUGGAAGCUGAGGAAGCGGAGGAAGGAAACGAAGAUGUGAACGAAGAAGAAGAGGAUGAUGAUGAUGAUGAUGAGAUUGAGGACGAAGAGGAAGAGAAAGAUGAUGAUGGUGAUCAGGGGGAGGAGGAGGUAGAUGAUGAAGAAGAAGAAAAGGAAGAUGUUCCAGAAGAUGAGAGUGUGAAUAGUGAUGGAGAGGAAGGAACGUCUGAAGACAAGCCAACUGACAGCAAACAGCCGGAUACAGACACGGUGGGUAAAUACGUCCCGCCUCACCUCCGUGAAGCAGCGGACAGCAAGCGUAAAGCUGAGCUGGAGAGGCUGAAGCGGAACCUGAAAGGUCUAAUAAACCGGCUGAGUGAGCCCAACAUGGGGUCCAUCUGUGGGCAAAUUGAAGAGAUGUACAUGAGCUGCAGCAGGAAGGACAUGAACGACACGCUGACCGAACUUCUGCUGGCCGCCUGCGUCACACCUACUCUGAUGCCUGACAGGCUGCUGAUGGAGCACGUCCUGUUACUGAGCGUCCUGCAUCACACAGUCGGUCUGGAGGUUGGAGCUCAUUUCCUGGAGACGGUUGUGCGGCGUUUUGAUGACUCGUACCUCCGGAGCUCUGAGGCGGGUAAAGAGAGUGAGAACCUGGCUCUGAUGGUCGCUCAUCUCUACAACUUCCACGUGGUUCACGCGCUCCUGCUGUUCGACCUGCUGAAGCGGCUGGUCUCCUCCUUCACGGCGCGCGACGUGGAGCUGGUGCUGCUGCUGCUGAAGAACGUGGGCUUCGCUCUGAGGAAGGACGACCCUCUGGCCCUGAAGGACCUGAUCACCGAGGCCCAGCGCAAGGCCAGCACUGAGGGACAGCGCCUCAGUGACCAGACCAGGGUGCGGUUCAUGUUGGAGACCAUGUUGGCACUGAAGAACAAUGACAUGCGGAAGAUUCCCGGUUACGACCCUGAACCUGUGGAGAGACUCAGGAAGCUGCAGCGAACUCUGGUCCACCACCGAGCGAGUGGGACUGAUUUGAAGCUCAGAGUGUCUCUGGAGAAUCUUCUGGAAGCCGAACGGGUCGGUCGCUGGUGGAUCGUGGGCUCGUCCUGGAGUGGGGCGCCUAUGAUCGGUGACCAAGGCAACAAGACGACCCCACAGCCCGCCAAAGGGGAACAGUUCAGUGCCAAAGUUCUGGAACUGGCACGUAAGCAGCGGAUGAACACUGACAUCAGGAGGAACAUCUUCUGUGUGAUCAUGACCAGCGAGGACUAUCUGGAUGCCUUCGAGAAGCUUCUGAGGCUGGGGCUGAAAGGUCAGCAGGAGCGCGAUAUUGUCCACGUGCUGCUGGACUGCUGUCUGCAGGAGAAGAACUUCAACGGCUUCUAUGCAGUUUUAGCUGAGAAGUUCUGCGCACACGACCGGCGCUUCCAGAUGACAGUCCAGUUCUGUCUGUGGGACAAGUUUAAAGAACUGGCGUCCCUGUCCAGCAGCUCCUUCAGUAACCUGGUUCAGAUGGUGACCCACCUCUUACGCAAGAACUCCCUCUCACUCUCCAUCCUGAAGGCUAUAGAGUUUGGAGAGCUCGAUAAGCCGAAGGUGAAGUUUCUGAAGCAGAUCCUCUCCAAACUCUUACAGCAGACCGAGCCUGAGGACCUGGUGCAGAUAUUUGGCAGGAUUUCAGGGAUUCCAAAGCUGGAGAUGCUGCGGGAAGGCCUGAAGCUCUUCAUCCGACACUUCCUCCUUCGGAGCGCCCAGACACAAGGGCCAGCUGAGCAGACCACGCUGCUGACCGAGAGGGCGGAGAUCGCCACCAAGGCCAUGGAGGCCCGAGACGCCAAGCUCAAACUGUAGAGCACACGCAACACACACUGAUGUGAGUGCGGCAGUGACUGUGAUUGUCUCUUGAACUGCACUGAGUUGAGCUGGAAAAGCCGUCCAGCAGAUGGCGCUCUGUCUCUGAGCCAGUGAGCCUCGUGGACUUUCAGACAUCCUGAACGAGAGGAAGUUUCUGAGCAGCAUGUUUGAAAGCUGCAGUUUUCUGGGAGCCUUUUCUGCUCAGUAGUUUUCUUCCUUGCUUAUGUUGUCAUUGAGCCUGGUUACUGGCUCAGACUUGCUUGAAAAAGAUGGUUCUCCAGGGGUUCUUUAGUGCAGGCAGUGGUUCUGUUCAGGACCAUGGGUUCUAUAUAGAACCAUGUCAUUCUUAAGUGGUUCUUUGCAUGGUGAAAUGGUUCUUUAGACUGAUGGAGAAUGAGUUGUAAAUGGUUCUGUAUAGCACCAAAAAUGGUUCUCUACAGCACCAAAAAUGUUCUGCAACUGUAACCUUGUAACAGUAGAAAAACCCUUUUUGGUGCUUUACAAAACCUAUAUAUUUGGUACUAUAUGGAACCAUUUGAAAAUGGUUCUAUAUAUCACCAAAAAGGGCUCUGUUGAUGCAAGCUUGACAUUGUAACAAUAGAAAAAACA